GUGGACAGGACAGUGCUACACUGCUGUCAUCACACUCUUCCCGGAGCAACUUCACCUGCUACACACGGCGCCUCCCACAGUGUAUGUCAGCGGACCGCCCGGUACAGGUAAAACUGUGAUGCUGCUGGUGAUGGGCAUAAAAUGGCUGCUUGAUGGUCACCCCGUCUACAUUGUCAGUAGCUGGCGUCGGAGUCGUGCAGCGUGCAUCAUGUUGUAUCACCUGAUGCUGCAGACAGUAAAGACACAACAGUCAGCAGGUGUCUCACCCGGUCAGCCUCACCUCCUGCAGUAUGAUCUUCUUAAAGGUAAAGACGUGGAGGAGGUCGUCAACGACUUGUCACAGGCAGCAAGAGGAGGGUCGUUGUACGUCAUCGCUGAUGAAGUGAACGGGUUAAGUUACUUCCGCACUGUGUGUGACAAGCUGCUGACACAAGUUCCUCAUCUCCAUCUUUGGGCGGCAAGUUGUUUCCAUAGAUACGCAGCCGCCGGCUUGAAAGUGGAAUGUUUAACCAGACCCCUCCGCUCUCCACCGGCCGUCGUCAGAGAAGUCGAGCAGGACUGGAGAAUUAAUGAGAAGCGUGAUGUCCUUCCGUACAGUGAGCGAGGUGUGCCCGACCACACAGACGUCCCGCCAGUCAGACGACUGUAUCACCGAGGUCAGGGUCAUUCAGGUGUCAAGCCAUUUGACUGUGUGACGUGCGGUCGUGACGUGGCCAACUUCCUACACAGUCUCCGUGUUGGUGUUACAGAGAAUGUCACGACAACAGCCACGACCGUCACCUCCACCAGCGGCGGCACAACACCGCCCUGCCUGCAGUGGAGAGACGUGCUGGUGUUGAACUGGAGUAACAUUAGUGACGACGCGGGUAUGGUGAACGGACUUAAAGAAGCUGGUAUCCCAGUGCGGGUGAUGAAUGUCGAUGACAUUGAUGACGUAGCCACAGCCCGCAGUGACGUGGUGUGGAUUACGGAUGGACAUCGUGUUUGUGGUCUGGAGAGAAAAGUCGUCGUGUGUCUGGAGGAUCAUCUUUUAGCCCGGCUCAACUAUAUGUCACGGUGUACGUCACAACUUGUGAUUGUCUACGAUGACAACAAAACGAAGUAUAAGUGACGUCAUACACAUGUUGUGUGUGACACAUUUAACUAUAUGUAUUUAUAUACUCACGGCUUUCACCCGUUUAAAGAAGCAGUGAGGUGAAGUAGCAAGGGUAGUUACGGGCUGCAGCAGGCAAAGUGACGAGCGGUGCAUCGCCCUGACCAGCUGCCAUGUGGAUGUAAAAAGGAAGAAGACACGGGCACCGUCUAUCAAAACAAACAAAACAAUGAUGACGGGAAUAGCAAAUGGAAGCGGAUCUAGAAAAUAUAACUAACCACCCGACGACUGGAUGAGCAGUAAUAAAGAACGGUUAGACUUUUGUAAGGAUUUAAGUAUUCAAAGCAGUGCUUUUGUGUUUGCGUGUCUGUACCCUUAAGUGUAACAUUACUGAAACAUGUCAAAAAAGCAAGGGUGCUAGCAAUAAAAAAGCUCAAAUAAUAAUGCAGAAAUGUUUAUCAUGUUAUUGACAAUAUUUAGUGAGAAUUUAUGAAUAAUUAUGAUUUUCUUAAAUGCUAUAAAUAGUGAUAAACAACAUAUAUAUAUCUUGUCUAAACGUAGAGAUGUAAAACAUCAUCUAUUGAAAGGUAGCAAUACACUCUCCGGCAAAGAAAGAACAGCAUGAUUGACACUAGAUGUGAACCCAGUGCAGCCAAUUCUCACUGUAUCAGGUGUUAACCGUUGCACCGCAGGACUGCUCCUGGAACAUUAUUUACAGAAAAAAAUACAAUCUGCACAGACACACGUACAGACAGACAAGGAUAGUGGGAAUGAGCUAGACAGAACUAGAGAGUUGUUUAGUGGCAGUAUGAGCAGCAUGAGAGUAAAGAUGACAAAUCAGAGUGAAGUAUGUGACUACACGACUGUAUCUCAGGUUGUACUGACACACUGACACACUGACACACUGACACACAUCCUGACUUCAAUAAGCAGGACAGACCAGAUGAAGCAAUAAGUUAACAAUGAUAACAGAAACAAGUUGCUGGGCUCCGGUGGCCAAGUCUUGUCUCAGAGUCCAACAACAUUCAGUCA